AUGGAGCUUCAACACCGUUCUUCGAUGGGUCACAUUGUUUGCGUGCUCAGCCGGUUUCUGCGGAGAAAAAUCGUGCCAUCGGUUUCGCAAACAAAGGCCUUGGCCUGCAAUCGCAAGCGCAGACGAGCGUCAUUCCCGGACCACGAUGAGCCUGGUUUAUUCACCGCAGUCGAAACUACUUCUGAGAAGGGGAAAACAGCAUGCGGAAGACUUUUCAGAAGCCGCUCAAGGAGGAUAGGAAGAACUACGCUCUCCCGGCAUCCGUCACUGUGCAACAGGAGCGAAAAUAGAGCGAUUGUGGCGCACGAACCUUCGAUCGCGAAGAGGUCCUGUGAGCGCACUCAAAAGGACUUCACCUUCCGUGUGCUUCUCUCCGGAACAGCAGCGACCGCCGUGUUGAAGAGCCUCAGCGUCGUGAUGGUCAUGGCAAUAAUAUCAACAGCAGCGCUUUCGUCUUUUCUACUGUUUCCUGCUUCUUCGCUCGUCAGUGCUGUUCGCGUCGAGUUUGCAGCGGAUUUCACCACCAAACCCUCAAUGGGAUACCUGAGGAAAUGCUACGAGGUGAAAAACGAUGAGGACGGGUGGAACCUGGAGAAGAUAGAAAACCCGGACCAGUACCUGGCUACGCAGCAAGAAGCGUACGACAUCCAGCGCAACCAGUACAGCGAGGGGAGGCUGGAACUGGGAAAAACCGUGCAGCUCGUGCCCGCCGGGAGAACUGAGGGCGGGGCGGAGGGUGUCGCUGGGUCUCCUUCGGAGUCAACAUCAGGAUCUAUCUCUUCAUCGCAUCAAGGAGAACACCAGUCUCCAGUCGUUUUAGAGAGUCGGAGUGUCUACGUACCGCCGAAGUUGCCGGACGCGUUUUUGCCAGCGGAGAGAAGGACAGAAUCCAGUGCAGCUGGAGUACAAGUAAUAGCAGAUGGCAGCAUCAAAGCAGCAUCAGCCACCCAUAGUACUACAACUCGAGCGACCGCCAGUACCCCCGAGGCCGAGAGCAAGGUGAAAUCGGAGCUGCUGUAUCCAAGCAACCCGUUGAAGCAGGUGCCCGAGCACAUGCAGAAAGACAUAGAAACCUUGCUGGAUAUGCACCGCAAGCAGAACCGUUCGCUCUGCUGCGAGGACUUUAAUUCCUGUUGCGACGGCAGCAUCCCGGGCAGUCUGCCGUUGGCCACCUGGAACCACGUGCGGGCCUUUCACGACAGCUUCCACGUGCGCGAAUUAUUGGAUUCCACCCCCCGGAUGCUGGAGCGACACUACACGUUCUACAACCUGAUGUCCAAGCACCCGCACGGGUGGGGCACCAUCGCCACACCGGAGAAGCUUUUGCAGUUGGAAGACGGCCAGGGCAUGUGGUUCGUGGACUGCAUCUUUGGGGCGUUGACCAUCUUGCUGAACGCCCUGCCCGCGAUCGAGUUCGAGGACGGACUGGCCACGGCGCAGCAGAUCUACAUCGGCAGCGUGCAACUGUUGCAAACGAUCGCGCCACACCGCCUGCUCGCGAACUGGACCAUCCCGCUCGCGCCGGUGUUGCGCCCCCUGAAACUGCCGUCCGCCAUGAGUGCGGUUCACGCGUCGAUUACUACCGCAAACCACGCCGGCGCGGCGCCGUUCGCGGUUUUGCUCGGGCUCGGGAAAUAUGACGACUGGGGCUAUAGUAGCAAGGAUGAUAUUACCCCAGCUGGAGGACCACAAGUGCUAUCAGAGCGCCUCCCCUGCUUCGGCACGAACCUAAAGAUCUACAUCCACAAAACGUUCGAGUACGAGCGCGGUGGGUUGUUUUGCUCCGCCGGGCAGUGGGGGAUCGAGGUGGUGCUGCACCGGUUUUUGAUGAACAGCAGCUGUCGGACCGACGACCCCAAGACCGCCGACCUGUUCUUCGUGCCCGACUACCGCGCGUGCCACUACCACCUGACGCCGAAGAAGUUCGGGCAACAGGGCCUAACGACGAAAGCGCACCUGCCCGAGUACGAAAACGCGGCGGAGGAGGAAAGGCAGGAUCCGCAUUCGAUCAUCAUCCUGAACCACAAAAACAAAACGCGGGACUACGACGAAGCGGAUUCUCUGUUCAAAAACUUGAUCAGUUCCUACCUGCAGCCCUGGUUCAACCGCAAUGCGUAUUGCAAGGAAAAAUCCCCCCUCCCCAUAUUGAAACCGCAGCCGUUUGAAAAUUUGUGAUGCAGAUUUGUGACCACAAAUCGGGCCUGUCUUGCAAAGAGGCGCGCUCAGGCUUUCCGCCACGUUAUGUAGGCGAUUUGUAAUGCUGUAAGGCCUACGGGUUAGCCGUCUACCAUGUUAGGCGCCUAAACCAAAAGGCCCCUGCCUAGGCUUAGGAUCUGCGUGCAGUCUUCUACUGCAACACAAAUUGGAUUUGUGUAUCCAAGUCCAGCAUCAGAAGUUGCGUUUUGAUAUGGGGUGGGGGGAUGUUUCCUUUUGAUAACGCGGGCACGGACCACAUCUUCGUCUUUUCCGACCAGGGGUUCAUCGUGAACUUCACGCACACCUUCCCGGAGUGGCGCGAGCACAUCCCGCACUCGAUUUUUCUCACGACCGAGGCCUUCACCCCCGGGUACGGGCCGAGCUGCUUCUCGCCCUGGAAGGACUGGGUGGUGCCCGGGCACUUGGACGAGUACCGGAUCGCGGAGAUCCGCAAAUACAACCUGCCGAGCAAGGAGCGGACGCUGCUGUUCAGCUUCCACGGGCGGACGGGCAACAACCACGACUACUACAAACAGGUCAAGGUCCGGAUUGACAUCGAGAAAUACUUCACGAACAAGCCCAACACGUCCAUCGGCGACUUCACGCCAAACUACUUCGAAAUCAUCGGCAAGUCGCACUUCUGCCUCAUUCCGGAAGGCACGAGCAGCUGGACGAACCAUUUGUACACGGCGUUCUUCGCCGGCUGCAUUCCACUCAUCCUGUCCGACAAGUUCAUCCUGCCUUUUCACAACCAAAUCAACUGGAAGCGUAUCAGCGUGCGGUGGCCGCAGAACGAGGUUAACGACGAGCUGUACUACUGGGUAUUAGAGUACGUCGAGGGGCAUUUUGAGGAGUUGGAGAAGACAAAACGACUGAUCGACGAACACCAGUGCUGGUUUGACUGGUACGACUUCGAAAAAGUGUCCACCUGCAGCCCGUACAAGGCGAUCUUCGAAAACCUGGCGAGUCGCAAGAAGGUGCAGUACAAAAACAAAUUCGGCUGGAUAGGCCACGAGGGAGACGGGGAAAGGUUGCCGAUAUAG